GCGGUUGCAAUGCCGUCAACCGUCUGUCAAGUUCGCAGUAAAAAGUGUACUGAUGAAUCGUGACAUUUCCAAAACUGUGAGUUAUUAAAUCGCCGAAUUACAAAUAAUAUAAUCAGAGAGUUGCCCGUGUUUUCGAUGGUAUUAUUAUUUACGUUUAGAUGUAACAAUUUGACACUCCUUCAAUGUCAUGACUACAACGCAAUGGCGAACAGCAGUUACGAAAUAGGAGUACGAAAGUUAUAUUACCAAUGUGACCUGUGCCAAAAAGUAAUAACCCAUCCAACCGUUGUGACCAAAAAUAAUCUAUACACUGUAUUAACGAAUUGAGAAGUUGGCAUCUGCUGCUACAAAGAACACUGAUAAAUAUAAUAAUUGAGUGAACAUUGAGGAUAAUAAACAAUUAAAAUGGACGUAAUCAGCAUUGAAAGUGGUGAUAAUGGAAUCAGGACGUUCAAAAACUCCCACAACACAAUACGCUGCAACUGUGUGAAUUCCAAUUCACUAUGCUACAUUGUCAUCACAAUUGCUACGCUGGCGUUUCUUGGGGCCAUUGUGUUUGUCUGUCGUGACUAUAUAAAGACUUUGCUCUACUGGAUAGAGCAUCAAAAUCCUUGGCUAGUCACCAUAAUUUUUAUCGGCCUAUUUACCAUUGUGUCAUUUCCUAUCGUUAUUGGAUAUUUGUUCCUGAUCGUUGCAAGUGGAUAUUUGUUCGGCGUUAUGAAAGGCAUUACCAUGGUUCUAUUAGCAGCCAACUUGGGUAUAGCUAUAGCACAUGGUACCCUGGGAGCCUUGUCUUCGAGACUGCCCAUUGGAGCUCUGCUUCGAAGUGAUACAGCACGAGCAAUUCUGAGAGUAAUUUCAGGACCCCAGGCCUUCAAAGUUGUUCUUUUUGCCAGACUCACGCCGAUUCCAUUUGGGCUACAAAAUACAAUAUUUGCAGUGAGCAACCUUAGUGGCUUCCGGUAUCACCUUGCAAGUGCGAUAGGCUUGCUGCCAGCUCAAUUAAUAAAUGUUUACUUAGGAAGCAGUUUAAGAUCUAUGCAGGAUGUACUUGAAGACAGAUCGACAGCAGCCACUGGUUACGUCGUAUUUUGUUUUCAGAUACUCAUUGGUGUGUCGCUUAUGGUUUAUAUAGUGCAAAAAGCAAGAAGAGAAUUACAAUUAGCAUUGCUAGAAGCUGACCUAGCAUCAAUGGCUGAUACCCCACAUUUUCUCCUUGAUACUCUCCCUGACUCAAAGAUGGUUUUAUCCAACUUCAUUGCUUGAUCAUCAAUACUAAAAACAAUGGGAGGUAAUUUGAUCUCUGCAUAAACCCUAAAAACGACAGGAUAAUAUCAAAACAAGGAAUAUUCUAACAAAAAUGAUUUUUGAUCAGGGCUCGACUAUGGUAUACUAGUAGUUUGGUGUAAUACACAAUUAUGUGGAAUUAAGAAUGGAUACCACUGAAGCAUUUUCGAUAUCUAAACAGUAGACAAACUGAUAAAAACCUCAUGCCAAAGACUCGAUUGAUUUGUGGUUGAAAAUGAAGAGCAAAGUUAUUGUUUAUCUAACAUUGAUUGAACCCAAAUAAUGCGAUUACAAACAUUGAACAAAGAUUGGUGGUAAAAUUCCGCUAUAUCUGUUUUAAAUCAAUGGUGAACUGAUGAACUUUUUCAACGUGCCAAAUUAUCUAGGUAUAAUUAUCCAAAUAUAUUGUGAUCGCUAAUUUUCUACCCACAAUUCAAUGCGGUUUUCAUACAAUAUUUCAGUUGACAGUCCCCAUAUAUGUAUCCCCCCCUAAUUAUUACUUAAACCGAAUUGGAUGUGCAUUUAUGCAGACUAUUUUUUCUUGUGAAUAUAGUUCGAUAAAAUAUUUAUUUUUUUAUCAAUUGCUAUAACUAUUGUAUGCAACAUAUAGCUGAUCAUAUAUUGAUGAUUCUUUACAAGGACAGACUGUAGUUGCAUUGAAGUGACUCGAUUCCUGGAGCUGACUGAGUUAUUGCUCGCACCAAAAUCGAUGCAAACUUCAGUGUUAACUAUUCUGCCACGAUGACAGGCAGAUACCGCUCUCUCAAACGUAAACUAUGACUGGCGUAAAAUAACAAUUUAUCUAGUGUAUGAAAUUGUAUCAUACAUUAUUAUAAAAAAAUUUAAUUAGUACUCGAAACUUACUCUUGAACUCAACAUAGAUAUUAUUUAUAUUGUGAACAAAAUUAUCAACAUUAGAUUUAAUCAGUGGAAGUUGCAAUAACUGAACUAAUUAAUUUUUGAAAGAAAAAGUAUCACGAUGAUUGGCGAUAUUUUUCUCUUGACAAAUUGUAUCAUACGCAAAUUUUUUUCGACUAAAAAUCAAAUAUAUUUUUUUCCUCGUGUUAAAAUGAAUAUCAAUAAAACUAUUGUUUAGUACAUUUCUCAAAGUUGUGAUAUACAUAGUAUAUAAAAACAUGCAUACCUAUGCAUAGUAGAUCUAUUCCGAUUUUUCGGGCUUCCAGAAAUAUUUCAUCUGAUAGACUGUUUAGUUAGACAAUGAGAAGCUAAAAAGAAAAGAGUUUCUAUACUAUAAUUUUUGCAGUGAUCAGUUUGCUAAAAAAUGAUAUCUACCCUACUUAUUAAAAAACAAGUCAUCGUUGUUUAUAUUGAAUAAAUAACAUUGCAUUCUCUUAAUUUAUUGCCAUCUGAGUUUUUCUAAAAUUGCAAUAUUAUACAGUGUACAUUUCCAAACUGUAGUUCUUGAUCAUGCAUAUUUAUUAUUUGAAAUACCUAAAGCUUGAGAAAUAGCUUCAAUCGUGGUGUGAAUGUAAUAAUCCAUCCUGAGUUAACUUUGUACAGAAAUUAAUUAUUAAUAAUUAAUAUUUAGAAUUGCUAGAAUCUCGUUACCAGUGUGAAUGUUCCAAAUUUCAAUGACAGUUUAUAAAAUUUUCUCUUGAGAAAGCACACAACUGUUUAUGCAUGGCUAGAAAAUCAUAAUGAGAGCAAUUUUAUUUUCUAUAAAGAAAUAGUUGAAUAAUCCAUGAUCGCUGCUUUUGCCGCGUCUCAAAAUUUAUGUAAAUGCUUAUACAUGCUUAUCAAAUAAUAAAAUAUUUUGUUAUUCA